GUAAAUAUUUCCUUUAGAUUUGGCUAUCACAUCGACAGUUUCAUAACAAACUACAAGUAUUUAAGGAAGACAUUUCUAGAUAUACAACACAAGUCUUAACCAACUGAAUUUGCACAGAACUUAGCAAGAAUAACAUUUCCAGAUAUGACGGUUUAUUCCAAGCUAAUGGCUUCUGAUGAAUAUUUUAACACUUUCAAUAGCGAAGAUUACUCAUGUGAUCCGAAAUGUGAUCGUCUUUUAGGAGCUGAGGUUAACUGUUCGUUAAGGAACAACGAAUCAGCUUGCAGAAGAAAUCAAAAUUCUCAAUUAGAACUGUCUUUUAGAAAUAUUACAUGUUUGUCAAACCAAAAAAAUCUAAAAUUUAUUCCAGGAGAAGAGUUUAAAAAUUUACAUUCAGUAAAAUAUUGUAAAAGGAGGAUUUAUCGAGUUGUUCAUCCGAGGGAACAAUUGCAGAUUUGUUUUCCUUUUGGAACUCAUCCAGAGCGUUCUAUCUCCUUUGACAAAUGGCCUUCAUCGGACUGGUGGCCAAACGAACUUAUAAACGCCGGUUUUUUUUCGUUGGGUGAUGGCUUGAAACUGCAGUGUCAUUCUUGUGGAAUUCGUACAGAUUUGCGAGAAUGGAGCACAACAGAUAGAGCCCUAGAUAAGCACGCAUCACUUAAUCCAGAAUGUGAAUUCCUAAACAGUUUUGGUUACUUUAACUCUCUAACAACAUGUACACACGGUACAAAAAAUGUGAAGCAAGAGAAUGCCAGAGACGAUGUCACCGAUUCGCUUCGUUUCUCAAAGGAUUUAAAAAUUUUGAACGAAGUACCAAUUUCACAUACCUCCAAGAAUAGCUGUUUACAGCCACCGAAAGGAGUCAUUUUUAAGUAUCAAAGCUAUUCCGAUCAGGAUGUUCGCAUGGAAAGUUUCAAUAAAUGGAGUUUUGGAAAAAAGCAAAAUCCCAAAGCUUUGUCAGUGAGUGGAUAUUUCUAUACUGGAGAGGGUGAUAUUGUUCGUUGUUUCUGUUGUGACUUGGGAUUGGCUGAAUGGGACGAAUCAGAUGAUCCAUGGACAGAACACGCACGACACAGUCCGAAAUGUUGGUUUCUUCUCCAUGAGAAGGGGAAAGAUUUUAUAGAAAAGAUCCAGUCUGAAUGGCGUAAGAUAUAUAAUCCUAAACAUGCAGCAUAUGAUGACAAACUAUCUAGAAUGGCUACCUUUGAAGGAGUUUGGCGGGGUGAUAUUGAACAGACAGCAGAGGUUCUGGCUGAUUCCGGUUUCUUUUAUGAAGGCGAAGAAGACACUGUACGUUGUCAUUAUUGUGAUGGAGGACUACGUAACUGGGAACCAGGAGACAUCCCAUGGGAGGAGCAUGCGCGAUGGUUUCCAUUCUGUAAAUUUGUCAUCAAAAUGAAAGGCAGAGAAUAUAUAGACGAAAUUAAAGCUAAAUAUGAGACUGCCGCUCAAAAAGAAACACAGGAACCCAAUACUGAAACUUCAAUUCGAAACGGAGCGAUCGUCAAAUCUAUUCUUGAUAUGGGAUUUCAAAUGAAAGAUAUUAUAUACGCAGCUAAUGAGUACACAAAACAUGAAGGAAACAUUCAUUACAAUGCUGAAGACCUGUUAAGAAUUUUAAUAGAUAGACAUGAAACAGAAAAGUUAAAACAACAGUUUGGAGCAUUGUCAAUCGAUGAAAAUCAAAACAAAGAAGAUCCAGAGAAAGUCAGAGAAGUCAACAAAGAGCUGAAGAAAAACAUGAUGUGCAUUAGAUGUGAAAAAAAUACCAAGUCAAUAUUGUUUGUUGAGUGUGGACACAGAGUAACUUGUGAAACCUGUGCGAACGAUGUAGAUUUUUGUCCAUACUGCGACGUUAAAAUCAAAACCAGAUUGAAAACCUAUCUUUCAUAGCAUUAAAUAAUAAUUAGUUAUAAUCUUAGGUUUAAUAAAUUUAUAUCAAUUGUUAGAACAAAAUUCAGUCAGAGUUUGUAUACAGAUACAAAAUAAAUUCCUUAUAUAUAACUCCAUCUAAUAGUUGUUCAUCACAUCAAACAUGGUUGGAAAUUAAAAAAAGUAUCAUAU